GGAGGGGCAGGUAAACUUCCCCAGGAGCAGACGAGUUAUAAUGUGGCGAAAGUGGGAUGUGUGAAUUUGGCAAGGUCGUUGGCGAAUGAGUGGAGGGGGUUUGCGAGGGUGAAUUCGGUCUCGCCCGGGUAUAUUGAUACCGGGUUGUCGGAUUUUAUUGAUCCCAGGAUGAGGGAGUUGUGGAUGGGGUUGAUUCCGAUGGGGAGGGAGGGGGUCGCGAAGGAGUUGAAGGGGUUGUAUGUGUAUUUGGUUAGUGAGGCGAGUAGUUAUACGACUGGGUCGGAUAUUGUGGUUGAUGGGGGG